AUGGAAUCGAAAAGAUUAAGUGUUGGUGAUGUUGUGAGUGUUUAUUGCGAACAAUAUAUGCAAAAAAUGGAUGCAGUCAUCCUAACAUUUAAUAUACAAAAGCAGGUAGCUUACGUUCAUUUUAUAAAACAAGAUAAAAGAUUAGAUAGAUGGGUUCCUAUUUCAGAGAUAUCUGACGAUCCCAAUGUAAUAUGCUUCAUGACUGAAGAUAAACUAUCAUCAAGAACAGUUAGAAAACUCCUUGACGAAGAAGAUGUAGAUAAACUUGAACCACAAUAUCAACAAUUCGAAGAAGCACACCAAGAGACGACAAGAAUCAGAAAUAUUGAUCGAAUUACUAUCGGUCCUUAUACAGUUAAAGCUUGGUAUUAUUCUCCGUAUCCAAAUCCAUUUGGAAAGAUGGAACACAUAUAUAUUUGUGAUCAUUGCUUUCAAUACUUUGAAUCUGCACAAAAAUUAAAAGAACAUCUUAUGAAAACAGGCGAAAAAUGCCCUCCAGGCCAAGAAAUAUACAGACAUGACAAUUUAAGCAUCUUCGAGAUGAAGGGAUGGAUAGAUAAAGUGCCAUGCCAAUGUCUUUGUCUACUUUCGAAGCUUUUUUUAGAUCACAAAACUUUAUUUUACGAUGUUGAAGGAUUUCUAUUCUAUGUUAUAUGCGAAUGCGACAACAAUGGUGCUCAUAUUGCAGCAUACUUCUCAAAAGAAGUAAAUUGCUUAGCAGGAAAUGUAUUAUCCUGUAUUACUACUUUACCACCUUAUCAAAAGAAAGGAUACGGUAACUUAUGCAUAUCUCUCAGCUAUGAACUUGCCAGACGCUCCAGAAGAGCCGGUGGCCCAGAAAAACCAUUAUCUGAUUUAGGAAAAUUGGCCUUCUCUUCAUAUUGGAAGGACACAUUACUUGAAUUAUUUAAUACAAGAGAAUCAGAAAUGACAUCACUUGAUAAUAUCGUAAUUUUGACAAGUAUACAAAAAGAAGAUAUAAUUUAUUCCCUUAAACAGUUCCAUUGCUUUACAAAAGUCAAAGGAGAAUAUGAGAUUGAUGUAUCUUCACCAAGCCUUCGACAAGCAAUUGAAAAACAUCGAAGUGCAACUCCAAAAAGAAAAAUUGAUCCACAAUACCUUACAUGGCUUCCAGAAUCAUGA